CGUGGUCAAUGGAGACGCACUGACGGAGACAGCCGUGGCGGACAUACACGCGGAGGUGGACGCGGCAGGGGAGGUGGUCGGAGCAAUACGGAAGAUGCUGUUCGGCAACGCAUUUGCCCCCAAUUUAUGCAGCACCGUACUUGUCGCUAUGGCGCGGAUUGUAAAUUCUCUCACGACAUCCCCGAGUUCACCGCAGAGGAGGAAGACGCACACGAAGCGUACCUUGACUGGAGACGCCAGCUUCGCCAGAUGGCUAUGCAUACAGGUCACUACAACGCCGUGUGGACUGGUGCCCUUGCCAUUUUGGAAGACGACACCUACCGAGAAUGGCAACAGUCCGUUGCCAGAGACCUGGCUGAUGAUGAAAUCGGCGGGCUCAUAAAGAUACGACAAACCGAGAAGUUUUGCAUGGACAAGGUCAAUGAUAACAGCCAGGUGUUCCGAGUAGCUACUCCAUUCCUCAAAGUGCUCACUCACCAUUCUCUUUGCGACUCACUGUCGGUGGAUGUGUACGUCGGGAAGAUCUAUCGUUACUUCGGGGGCAUCAACGGGGAAACCGCAAUUUUGUUCCUGAGCGAUCUAGCCCGCCGUUCUCUUUCCAUGCUGGAGCAAGAGGCAUCGCCUCCGGCUGGGUGGGAGCCCGACACGACAUGCACACUGCUUCUGGAUUGCCUCCUGAGACUUGUUCGUCGGGAACGCAAAGCCCUUCUCGACGAUAACGUACCAAAGCUCUUCAAAGACCUACAAAAGCUUGUUGCCUUACUUCGACAGAAGGUUGAGUUUGGGCCCGCGAUAGACAGAUGUACGUCUUGUCUUGACACUAUGAGGAGAUUGAUGGAAUCUGCAACUCUUGUCCUUGGGGAUCCAGAUGAAGGUCUUCCUGAACGCCGCGGCAAAUCUGGGCCCGUCCGGUUAACGUUUCCGGUGGAUAUCCAUGUGCCUGGAGGCAGCCAUGACAACGACAAUGCCGACAUUACCAAGAUCCAGAUUCUCCCCACGCACGGGGAAAUCAUAAGCAAACACCCAGAGUAUUUGCCUACAACGGACUUCUUGCAGGCCCAUUUUCUCCAGGAUCCAGUCCGGCGGCACAUUGACACCGCGUUUCGGCUACUGCGCCAUGAUACCUUCGGCCCUCUCAAAGAUGCACUCAAUAGGUUUCUUGCCGACGAUGGCAAGCCCACAUCGAACUCACACCAACUGAUGGAUAACAAUAUCAGAGCUCACGUUUACGACAGAGCACAGAUCCAGCGUGUGUUUGUUCGGCCUCGUACUGGACUGGAAGCUAUCUUGACGUUCGCCACCCCUCAUCAGUUACGCAACAGCUCACCGGCCGAUAGACGUCGAUGGUGGCAGGAGUCCUCCAGGCUUGAGCCAGGGUCUUUGGCUUGUUACGUGGCACAUGACGACGGAAAGAAGCGGUCUCUUUUCUUCAUUGUUACCCAAAAAAGUACUGAGGAACAGAAUGAGGAUCCCCAGAAGAGCACGCUUGUGCCCAAGCGAUCGGACCCCACAAUCACCCUUAAACUGGCCACUGAAUCUCAGGAGUGUCUGGCACUUCUCAUUCGUCUUCAUACCAGCAAACACUCUGGUGUUCUUGUUGACCUGCCCGGCAUCAUUCCGGAUACCUUCGUUCCGGUCCUCACCAACCUCCAACGCAUCAUGACGGAUGGCGAGUUGCCUUUCAGUCAAUGGAUCCUGCCCACUCCUGGUAGUAUCAAAGAGCGACCCCAGCAGCUUACGAUACCACCCCCAGCCUAUGCUCGCAAGAGAGGAUUCGUCUUCAAGCUAAAUUCCAUCACCCGCGAGGGAAGUGGGCCGCUGCGUCUCAAUCCCAGUACCAGUCACGAAGACAUUGACUUCGACAAGUUCGAAAAGUCAACUGGAUUGAACCGCAGUCAGUGCAGGGCUCUCAUCACAGCACUCACUCGCGAAUACGCACUGAUACAGGGACCCCCGGGAACAGGCAAGUCAUAUGUUGGCGUGCAACUUGUCCGUACCUUGCUUGCCCACAAGAAGGAGGCAUCUCUGGGGCCCAUCCUCAUUAUCUGUUACACCAACCAUGCCCUUGACCAGUUCCUGGUGCAUCUACUGAACUGUGGUAUUGAAAAGAUCAUUCGAAUUGGCGGCCAGAGCCGUUGCGAGGAGUUGGAGGGCAAGAAUCUUCGUGUUGUUAGCUCAAGCAUCGCCAAAUCUACCGUGGAAAACCGGGUAUUGGGCGAAGCUUUCAACGGAGUCGAAGAACAUUUGAGCACGGCUGGCCACUGCCUUAAGCCGCUUCAUCUCGCUCGUAAAGGCCGUCCCAAUCGGGAACUGCUGUCUCGAUAUUUGCCCCGACGUCAUCCGACCAUAUGGCGCCAAUUUCCAGACAGGGGUGAAGUAGACGGGGAGGGAUGGACACGUGUUGGAGGUGAUUCAAGAUGGAUACUUGUCGAGUUUUGGAUCAAAGAGAUGAUAGACCAACAGACCGGUGUGCUCUUUGAAUCGAUUGACGGCGCCAAAACAUAUCGGCAGCGGAUUGACGGUGUUCACGCCGAUGUGAACCGCCGAGCUGUGAGGCAAGCAGAUGUAGUCGGGGUUACAACCACCGGCUUGGCUCGAAACAUUGACAUGCUGCGGCGAAUCGGAUCCAAGGUGAUCAUGUGCGAAGAGGCCGCCGAGGUGAUGGAGCCGCAUCUCAUAUCGGCCAUGAUGCCGGGCGUGGAACACCUGAUCCAGAUUGGAGAUCACCGACAACUUCGCCCCCAGAUCCAAAAUUACCUGCAGUUCAGCAUGGAAACUCAGGCUGGCUUGGCUUACCAGCUCGAUCGCAGCCAGUUUGAGAGGCGUGCCGUUGGAGAGCCGGGACUGGCACCGCUACCUGUAGCUCAGCUAAAUGCUCAACGACGCAUGCGGCCCGAGAUCUCGCGACUUAUUCGCAGGAUAUAUCCCCGGCUUGAGGAUCACCCCAGCGUCCUCAACCUCCCGGAUGUGGUGGGGAUGCGACAAAACCUUUUCUGGUUGGAUCACGAACAUCCCGAAGAUUCCAAGGAUGACGGCGCAAGAGUCAAGUCGUACUCCAACGCUUGGGAGGCGGAAAUGGCCACGGCACUCGUACGUCAUAUUGUUCGCCAGGGCGAGUAUAGCAGCUCCGACAUCGCCCUGCUCACGCCAUACACUGGCCAGCUACAGAAGCUCAGAGCAGCAUUGAGCAAGGACUUUGAGGUUUUCUUGAGCGACCGAGAUAUGGAGAAGAUGGUACUAGAUGGAUUUGGUGAUGAUACUGCAAAGGACAUUGACCCUACUUCCCACAAGACAGUCGAAAAGAAGGCUUUGCUCAAGACCAUCCGCUUGGCCACUGUCGACAACUUCCAGGGAGAAGAGGCAAAGGUGAUCAUUGUCUCAUUGGUACGCAGCAACAUGAACUGCAAGGUUGGCUUUCUACGCACUGAAAACCGCAUCAACGUCCUUCUCAGCCGAGCCCAACAUGGGAUGUAUCUUAUCGGCAACUCCAGGACAUACCGGAACAUUGCCAUGUGGGCCGACGUCCACGAACAAAUGACCGAGAUGAAGGCCACGGGUGAUUCGAUUGCUUUGUGCUGUCCUCGGCAUCCGGAUACCCCGAUUGAAUGUUCGGAACCCGAUGACUUUCUCCGUUACAGCCCCGAGGGUGGUUGCGACUUGCCCUGUGAUCGCCGCCUCGAGCCUUGUGGCCAUCAAUGCUCAGCAAGCUGUCACUCGCAGGCACUUCACGAUGCCUUUCCCUGUCCACAACCGUGCCCGCGGUUCCGGACAACCUGCAACCAUGCCUGUCCCGGUCUGUGCGGGCAAAAGUGCAAGCCUUGCGUUGUCAAGGUGGACAACGUUGAGCUCCCCUGUGGUCAUAUCCACAACAAGGUUCUCUGCUAUCGAACAUUGGACCGUAAGCAGAUCAAGUGUUCGGUUGAAGUGGAGAAAGUUGUUCCGGGCUGUGGUCAUAAAGUGUUCGUCGAGUGUUUCAGGGAUGUUACUUCUGAGAUAUUCUGCUGCCCGACGCCAUGCGACCGCAUCCACCCGUGUUCUCACCCGUGUCCUGGAACAUGCGGAAAAUGCAGGGUCAAAGACAAGGACGGAAAGAUUACAUUUUCUCAUCAAGUGUGCCAGAAAACUUGUGCUCGGCCUUACAGCACAUGCAACCAUCUGUGUCCCAAGAAAUGUCAUCAAGGACAGGAAUGCGGUAGUUGUGCAAGGCCCUGCGAGGUACGAUGCCCCCAUUCAAAAUGUUCGUCGCAAUGCCAGAAGCCGUGUGCCCCAUGCAUCGAAAAGUGCGCCUGGUCAUGCCAACACCAAGGGCAAUGUACUAUGCCCUGUGCAGCGCCUUGCGAUCGACUGCCAUGUGAUGAGCGGUGUACCCGCCGUCUCAAAUGUGGCCACCAGUGUCCAAGUCUGUGUGGUGAGGAGUGUCCGCAGGGCUAUUGUCAGAUAUGUUGCUCCCGCAAGGACGACCGAGUCGACUUGCUGGAGUUCAAGACAUAUGAGGAGAUCGAUCUUAAUGAAACGCCCAUUGUGGUUUUGGGCUGCGGUCAUUUCUUCACUGCUGAGACCUUGGACGGCUUGGUGGGGAUGCAUGAGGUCUACACGACUGACAAGACGGGCCGCUACAAUGGACUGAAAGACCUAUCUGUCUUAGCCAACGCCGUCCCCUCUUGCCCGGACUGCAAGCGGCCAAUUCGGCAAUUCGCUACCAAGCGCUACAACCGUGUCAUCAACCGAGCGGUGAUGGACGAGACAUCCAAGCGUUUCUUGACCAGCGGACGCCAGCAGCUGGCAAAGCUCGAGAAAAGGCUUCAGGACCUUGAGAUGACAUUGGAGCGCAACAGGGAGGCCUUCAAAACGGGCCCCAAGCGGGACCUGAAGAAGAGAUGGGAGGCUAGCUCGAAUCUUUCCCAAGAAGCCAAGCGUCUAUCCCGCGACAUGAGCCUCGAACAUCAGCCGGCCAAGAAGCUUCUCGAUGCAGUUCUGACCUUCCAACUCAGACAACGAGCUGCCGGGUCCCUAGAACAAGCCAUGGACAGCUUGAACAUUGAUGAUUCCGCGCCAGCCUCACUGCCGACCAGCGCCACACCCACGUACGACCAACAAAUCACACUUGGCGCCGAAAUGGUGUACAUCAAAGCGGAGGAGGUCGUUCUUCAGGACGCCUUCAAUCUAUCACAGGACCUCCGGGACGCUGCACUCGACGUUCUAAAGUCGUGCAAGCACGUGGUCACGGCGGCCUCUGCAGCAAAGCUUCCGCGUCUCGUCAUCGCGGCCAGCCUUUCCUACGGUCGAAUCGUCCAGCUUCACGAGCGGUCUAGACGUAAACAUGUCAAUGCGGCUCAUGAUGAGAUAAAUGGGACAGAUCAACUGAAGGAGGAGGAGGAAGAGGACAGGGUUGACACAGCCAAGAAGUUACUGGGAGACGCACUCGUCCUCUGCGAUAAUAUUCCCAACACCGAAUCGGAACGGGAGGCAAUUGAAGGGACGCUUCGGCUGUUUACGACCGAGUGGUACGAGGAGGUAACGCCGGAGGAACUGGCGGCUAUCAAGACGGCUAUGGUCAGUGGUAGCGGAGGGAUCGCUACGCAUUCGGGACAUUGGUAUAAUUGCGCGAAUGGUCAUCCGUUCGCUAUCGGGGAGUGCGGGAUGCCCAUGGAGCUUGCUAGGUGUCCGGAGUGUAAUGCUCCGAUCGGCGGGCAGGGCCAUGUGGCUGUGAGCGGCGUCACGAGGGCUGAGAAUAUUGAGAGGGCUUGAGGUGAUGUAACGGUCAACGAAGGUACCGUAUUCUGUGUGAAAAUGGGACGUGUUCUUGAAGUUUAGAGGUAGUCUGGAUGAGGAGAAUAUUCCUCUGUGCUCUGAGGCAGGUUUACGCUACUAAUCGCAAGGCAUGAUCAGUAUCAUCGUGUGUACUGUGUCAACUACUGAUCGUUUCUUCUGUCUGAUGGCCUUGGUGGAAACAGAUGAAAGGAUCAAAUGGUACUUCAUGCUCCAGCACGUCUUCAUCCCAAAUCUGACCACAAAGGAAAGCUGGGAUGAGGCGAAAAGAGUGGCUUCAUUUUCA